AGCCAAAGCCCGGUUAGCUCAGUCGGUAGAGCAUCAGACUUUUAAUCUGAGGGUCGCGGGUUCGAGUCCCUCAUCGGGCGGGAGCAAAUUUUUUUUAAAUUUAAUUCCUCGGAUUUUUUUUGGUCAUGAAUGUUAUUUUUCCGGUGUUUUUCCCAGCGUCACGAAAAAUUCGACUCCAUACGAAGAAACACUACCGAGAGUCAACUCCUACUGAAAGUCAAGCCAAGGCAGCAAAGUCAAAGACAAGGCUUGUCAAGAAAACAGUCCCAUAUGGUUACAUUCGCGUGAGUGCGGUAUACCGGUACCGUAUUAUCAACAAACGCAGACGUUCAGCAACUGUCGACGUGGACUGCUCAUUUGUGGAUGAUAAAUUGCAAAAUUCAGUGAAUUAUAAACAACAAGAUACAGACCUUCAGAAUCGCCGUAACAGUCACUAACAUAAAGAAAUUGAUGCAUCAUGGCAACAAAAGGAGACAGAGACCAACCAGCUGGUCAGAUGUUUGGAAGCAGAAAACAUGAGCUUAAACUUGGAAAAAGCUUUCAAGAGGACAAUAGUUGUGGAUUUCAUACUAUAAGAUAUGAUUUCAAACCAGCAUCAGUUGAUCAUUCUAGAGAGGCGGCUUUAGAUGUCGGAGAGAGCAAUGAAGUUAAUAUUACAUUCCCAAAUGUAGAGAACAAAGGUAGCACAGUAUUUGGUGGAUCUAAGAAACCAUACCAGAAAGAAUGUGUGUUAAUCUUUGAUCAUCGCACUGGUGAGUUUACACUGGAACGUCUCAGCUGUAACAUUCAAGUCAAGAGGCAGAGACAAGAGGGAACAAGCAAAGCUCAGAUGGCUCCAAGAACCCAACAAACAUCCUCUAAGAGUUCACCCAACCCUAGAUCAAAUAGCCAGGUUAACAAGAAAAAGGACACUCCAAUUCACUCACCAGCAUCAGAAAGAAAAGUUGAGCGGUCACCAGCACCCCAACCAUCCCCCUUGGCCAUUUCAGAACCUUCCCCUGCUGCACCAGCCAGUGUACCUAGCAUCAAUGACAAAGAUGCUGACUCAUCAGAUAGUUAUAUGUCAGCCAGUGACAGUGAUGAUGAUAGUGGUAGUAGUAGCAGCGGGAGUAGUUCUAGCGACAACGAUGAUGAUGACGGGGAUAGGGACACAGAGACGAAGAGAACUGAACGAACAAUAGUUUCUAGUAAAUUUUCACCAUCUCAACCAAGCCCUGCUUCAAGAUUAAUGAACGUCAGCCCUCAAAUAUUAACACUUAGUCAAGAUCUUCAGUUAAGUGAAUCUGGUAGUGACAGUGACAGUGACUGAUUCAUGGAAUUAUUUAUCACAGAGAUCUAUCAGCUUCCAUUAAAUGUGCAAUUAUUCUUAUCAUGUUCUUGUUUAAAAGUCAAGUCCACCCCAACAAGAAGCUGAUUUGUAGAAAAAUGGAAUAUCAAAUAAGUAUAAUACCCCCAAAAAUGUUUGAUAUAAGAAUUUUAUGACAUUUAAAACUUUGCUUAUUUUCAUAAAGUAGUGAUAUGUACAUCAUGGGCGGUAUGCUAAUGAGGGAACACUUGGUAUCAUACACCCACUAUUAGUUUGUUGCAUUUCAUCAAUUGAAAAAUGAAUAGUUUUAAUUUUACCAUCGAGUGAUGGAACAUAUAAAUAUCAUCAUUAUGAUGUAGAGAUCGUCUUCAUCAUCAGUCAAGAACAAGAAUAAAAAGAAGUAGUGAGUAGUUAAAAUCAUAGGGUUCCAUUUUUUGACCAGGGACCCAUUGCAUAAAUACUUUUAUGAUUGCAAGUCUUGCAGGGACCCAUUGCAUAAAACUUUUGUCAUAAAAACCCUGACAAACAAAAUUAUGCCAUUGAAAAUUACACAUUAAAAAAAACAGUCAAAAUAUGGCAAAAGUUUUAUGCAUCAGGUCCCUGGAAUGUCAACUUCCAUGAAAACGGUGAAAAUUCUGCCAUUUGUUUAGCUCUUCCAAGGAAAUGUGAUAUUGCAAUAAGCGUUGCUUUCAUAACAACUUUAUAUGAAAUGAGACCCAGGUUGUUAUUGGCAACAAGCAAAACUUUAUAUUGCCGUAACUUUCAUACAUGCAGUCGAUUUUGAUGCAAGUUUUAGUGCUGAUUUUCUCUUUUUCUUUAAGUCAACUUUUUGUUUGGGGACAUGGCAUUAACUCAUAGUUUCAUUCAAGCAUUAGGUUGAGACAUGGGAGAGUUCACUCAGGAUAGUUAAUUACUUUUCAGCUUAAAUGAAGGGUUACUUCAUACACUGAUGGAAAAUCCUAAGUUUCAAUUGUACACCAAUUUCACUCCCAUAAGAGGAAUACCUUGUCAUACAAUUUUAGCCAUAUCGGGGGUCCAACAUAGAUAUUUGAAACUUAUUUAUAUGUACAACAUAUGCCACAAUUGUUUAAUUGGACCAUUACCAAGCCAUAUAUGACUUGCUAUGCAUUGCCUGAUUUGUUUGAAAAUCAUUCAUCUUUAUUUAUAUCCUUGAUCAAAGACUUUUGAACUAUGUGGGUGCCGCCUUUAUUAAGGCAUGGCCCAGAUUACAAUCAUACAUGAGAGAACUUGUGUUAGGUAAUGUUAUAAUGAGUACGUUUUUAUAUCUGUUACCCCUUCCUGUGUGGGAUGGGCGUUUAACUGUAAAUAAUAAUGAAGUGAGAAACAAUGGUCAGUUACAUGUAGCUUGUAUGGGCAUAAAAAAUGUAAUGAUCUGACCAACCACAUUGCUUGACCACUGAGUUGGGGAAUUUUGAGUUGCUCCACGAUAAAAUUGGGGUGUGCAAGUGUUCAAAUUGAGGGUUAUAUAAUACACUGAUAAUGAAUAGAUGGUAUAUAUGUGAAUAAGUAAAGCUGAGUGAAUUUUGUAGGGGUGCUCUAUACUUGGAGGGGCCGUACAUGUCAUAGGUCCUGUUGAAUGAAAUGAGUGACCCUUUUUUAGGAGCUAAAUCAACACCAAUGAUAAUUUUGACAUGUAUCCUUCUUUAACACAAGAAAGAAAACCAUUAAUUACAAAUGGCAAAGUUAUGAAACAACCUGUUCGACUGAUUAAUUUUCCAUUUAUGAACAAGCCAUUAGAAAGACUCCUUUGAUAGUAUAAAUAGACCUUCAUGCAUUGAAAUCAUCAGAAGCUUAUCAACCAAUAAUGAUGCCAUGUUAGAGGACAAACAAUAUGCUUGCCAACACACUUGUGAUCGUCUGAUAUGAAUUUGAAUUACACAUGAUUGCAUGUGAUGAAUAUCCUCCAGCCACCUCGCUUGUCCCCUGAGUGAGGGAGCAUUUGAUUUCUUAGGCCAUGUGACAUCAUGUACAUAUAAUGUUUGUGCAAUGAAAACUAGCAUACCUGGAGUGUGUGGGUUUCCAUGUGUACUCUGUUAUACAGUUGUAACCAUGAUGCUCAAUACAUUAAUGUACAUUGCAGGAUAAUAAAUAUUAUUUUAUUUCAUUAAA